AUUUAAACACAUUACACUAUGCCCAAGUCCAAGAGAGUUUCCGUCGUCGCCUUGACCCAGACCGACAAGAAGGGUCGCGAAGGAAAGGAGAAGUUGAUUGAAGAAAUCCAGAAGAGUGUCGAUCAAUACUCCUACAUUUGGUUGUUCUCUGUAAAGGACAUGCGCAACACAUUCCUCAAGGAGGUCCGUAAUGAUUUCAAAACCUCUAGAUUCUUCAUGGGCAAGAACAGAGUUAUGGCAAAAGCAUUGGGCACCACACCCGAGGAAGAGUACAAGCCCGAAUUGUCCAAGCUUGCUGAGCAACUGAACAAGGAAGUUGGUUUACUGUUCACUAACAAGACACCCGAAGAAGUAAAGAACUACUUUGAGGAAUUCAGACAGCCCGAUUACGCCCGUUCAGGUGUUGUCGCAAGUCAAACUAUUGUUGUCGAUGAGGGAGCCGUCAAGCGUGGUGUCGACCCUAUGCCCCACAACAUGGAGCCUCUGCUCCGUUCGCUCGGUAUGCCCACUCUCCUUAGAAACGGUAUUGUCUCUCUUUCAGCACCAUACACAAUCUGCAAGGUCGGAGACACUCUGUCAACAAACCAGGCCCAUCUUUUGAAACUCUUCUAUCACCAAUUGGCCGAGUUCCGUAUCCAGCCUAUCUGCUGUUACCACAACGGUGAAAUUACCAACGUCAGCGAACAAUAGAUUACUAAUAAUGUCCCAACCAAAAAAAGAGAAAGAGAGAAAUCAACAACAAAAUAGCAAAAUUAAAUAAAUAAAUACAACAAAGGC